CAGUUCACCAGGACUGCAGUGAGGAACCAGUUGCUUCAAAGUUUGAAGUUCAAACUUCCAUCGUACAUACGUAUGGGCUCAAUUCUGUCGCUGCAUUCACCAGGGACCCAUGCUGAACCUAGCUAUUUCCAACCCGAACAGACAUAUAACAACAGCUCGCCUUUCUCUCGUUGGCUAGCGCAUGCACGUCUAAAUAGCCGCGGUAGGUCAAUGGGAUCCUUGUAGCAGCUCCGCGCCUCUCUUCAUUGUCCAUUCUUUCUCCAAUUCACCAACAACGAUUCCUUCCCCCGACCACAGCUUUCCUUCCUCUAACAACCCAAACACCACGAAAUUCUAGUGAGCUGCUUGAUUUCUCUUUCAACACAGUGAAAAUAGGUCCGCGCCCCGAGUCUCCCUAAGUCCUCCUUCGCCCACAUUCACGUCCACAUCUAUACUACGUUUGCGUGAAACGAACAAUGGAUAUUCCGGGCCUUCCCGGCCUCCCUGGCCUCAACCUCGGCGCCCAGGCUAUUGAAGCCCUCAAUCUUCCCCCAGUACCUUCGUCGCGCCAGCAAGACCUCGCUGCCAACACCGAGUACCGCUUCGAGGUCGGUUUCAGUCGCUCACUCACCAUCAAGCUCGUGUCUGGCACCGCAGAGUACUUUGGCACCGAACUUGCUCCAUCGCAAAGCUACACAUUUCAAGGCACAAAAGGCGCUGUCUUCACAUGGCAAGGGUGCAGGCUAGAGAUUAGCGGCGAUCCCGAGUCCGAGUAUGUCGCAGAGGAGACGCAGAUGAUGGGCUGCCUAAACGCACACUUUGCGUUUGAAAACCUGCGCGAUGCCGCUGUGCGGUCUGAAGAGCUGGGCCCUCGAGUUCUCGUUGUGGGCCCGGAGAAUGCAGGCAAGACAUCCCUCGUCAAGACGUUAACCGCAUACGCAACGAAGAUGGGUCGACAGCCUAUAGUCGUCAAUUUGGACCCUAAGCAAGGCAUGCUGUCGGUGCCAGGCUCCUUCACCGCCGCUGCCUUCUCCUCCAUUUUGGAUGUCCAGGAAGGCUGGGGAACGAGCCCGAUAUCCGGUCCGAGUCCCAUCCCCGUCAAGAUGCCGCUGGUCUACCAUUACGGCUUGAAGGAUCCGGAAGAGACGAAGCUGUUCAAGCCGCUGGUGACGCGGAUGGCUCUUGACGUGACUAGCAGACUGGAGUAUGAUAAAGCGAGCAAGCAAACUGGGUUUAUCAUUGAUACCCCAGGUGCGAUCAGUCAGGGCAAAGGGGGUGUCUACGAAAAUAUAGAGCAUAUAAUAUCAGAAUUCUCUGUGAACGUUGUUAUCACCAUUGGUUCCGAGCGCCUAUAUUCGGAUCUUAGCCGCAAGUAUUCCUCGCGAGCCGGCGAAGAAGCGAUCCGCGUUGUUCGCCUCGAGAAGUCGGGUGGGUGCGUCGAUAGGAGCGACGACUACAUGCAGGCACUCCGACAAGCACAGAUAAAAGCCUACUUUUUCGGUCACACCGCCGAAUACGCUCUUGCACCGCACAGUCAGGCCGCUGACUACGAUGACUUGAACAUCUUCCGCGCAGUGGAUUCAUCUACCGACCCUAAUCACUCCGAUGUCGAUGCCCAUGGCAUCUUCAGCAAUCCCCGUUCCAUCUACGAAAAAGUCACCCCUUUCCCGGAUAUGGUGGGCAAGCUACUGGCCAUCACGACGGCGUUGGCGACGGAUCCGGAGGAGAGAAUUCGAGAUUCGAAUGUGAGGGGCUACAUGUGGGUAGCAGAUGUUGACGAAGUGAAGAAGAGGGUGAAGGUGUUAUGUCCACAACCUGGUAUGGUGGUGCCCAAUGCACUGAUAUUGGGGAGUUGGCCGGAAAGUGUUGCUGGAUUGGUGUAA